AUGGCGGAAGCUGCCGGCGGGCCAGAGGAGGGAGAGCAUAGCCAGGAGGCGGAGGUCUCCCCGGCCCUCAUUGCCGUCCAUCCUCUUGAGAAAUCCGUCGUCGUCGCCAUUGGAUCGGAACUUCGUGUCUUCGACCUGGAGUAUGUAUCCGACAAAACGCCUAGACUUUUUAUCAGUCUGAAGUGUAUUCUAAAGUUCAUACAAUCAAUUAUUCGGAUUUUAAUUAUUAACGAGUUUAAUUCGGUGUGUAGUUUUUUAUUCACUAUCUGGAUUUUAUCAGCUAAUUCGGUGUGUAGUUUUUUCAUUAACAUCUAGUAAUAAGGUCGAUUGGAGCUGUGUUUCUUCUGUUACUGUUGUUUGACCUAGGAUUAUGUGGGGAAGGAUGCCUUGCCCUUGGAGAUUUUAAAGCGAAAAUGAUUUUACCUGGUUGGUUGACUGUAGGUAAUCGUCGUGGAUGUUGGAUAACUGCAGUUCGUUCACUUUUGGGCAAAUGCACCAGAUGUUUUAUAUCUCUGAUUCUGCACUGACGGAUACGUACGAUUAUUUUUUGUUUGCAAUUAUUUUUCUGAGCAGAGGAGACAAAGCGAUUUCUUUGUUGGAUAAUUCUGGCGGGCCACCCCACUCAGGGGAUGUAAAAGCAGUUGCCUUUGGCGCAGAGGGAAAUCUCUUUGCAUCUGCUGGGAAUGACAAGCUUGUCAAGGUUUGGGCGACCGAUUCAUGGAGCUGCAUACGCUCUGUGUAAGCUUCACUUCCUCAUCCCUGUUUUAUCAUCUUAUGCAGCGGAAUGUUGUUCGUUUUCCUCUUUGAAAUUUUCACAAUUACCAGAAGAUUAUCCGACCAAUGCUGAAAAGUGAACAUGUGCCAUUACUUCUUCGUUAGGUUCUGACUCAGAUUUGUAUUCUAACAUUUUCCUAUUAAAUAUGAAAACUAGGAUUUGGAUGAUAAUAAUUAUUGAAAUGCAUUUUCCAGGUGCUCUGAAAAGCGUCUCAGUGCAGUCGCUAUCAGCCAUGACGGCCACUUUGUAUUGUUUGCUGACAAGUUUGGAGUAAUCUGGAUAUUUAGUCUAGAUGUAGGAGACGACAAUGCAUCUGCAGAAGAGAAGGCAGUGCCACUUCUUGGUCACUAUUGUAGUAUUAUUACUAGUUUGGUAAGUGUUCAUGGUCCCAAAGAUUUUCAUUUCGUUUCUUCUAAAAAGGUAAUCUUUUUCUAUGCCUUAAUAAGGGUUUUUAGCUUGUUCAUUUGUUCACAGUGACGAUUCUAGGUUCAUACUCACGAGUAAUAUAACUAGUUUAUUUAUAGCAUUUUGGGUUUCAUAAUUAUUACUUUCAUGAUGCCGCUAAGCCAUAUUUCUGCAGAAAUUCUCACCAGAUGGGCAGUUCAUAGCCAGUGCAGACCGUGACUUCAAAAUCCGGGUAUCAGAAUUGUGUUUCUGUUUUUCUUUUACCCCUUUAUUUGACAUCUCUUCGUUAUUUUCUAGGGCCAUUCAUUCACUGAUGCGCUAAAUGUCAAUUUCCUGAAGGUCACUGUGUUUCCUAAGAGACCGUUGAAAGGAGCACACGAGAUUCAAAGCUUCUGCCUCGGUCACACAGAGUGAGACAUGCUCAGUUCUUAUCUAUUUGGUUUUCUUGGGAACUCAAUGCUCAGAUAUCACUUUAAUAGUUGACUUCCAACGGAAUUCACCGGUAAACCAGUGUAAUCUGUUCCCGGAGUCGAAAUUUCUCAAUGCAUUGAUCAACUAAAUGGACACAGAUAAUGUGUGGAGGCUCCCUAUUUUUCUCAGCCAGUGCCUUUGCUUCUCUACUAUAACACUGUUCUAUGGCCUUCUCUUUUCCCUCUGUGUGGAUGCUAACAUGGCUGAUAAUUGGAGGAUAUAUUUUAAACGGUGCCUGUAGUGCCCCUGAAUUUAGAUGCAUAUCGUUUUAUUCUCAUCAUCGUUUUUAUGUGAUUAAUGGCCGUUCUCCCCCUAUGAUUUUCAGCUUUGUCUCAUGUUUAGCUUUCAUUUGCGCCCAAGAUUCUGGCCAGGCCUUUCUUUUAUCCGGAAGUGGUGAUUCAACUGUGAGUUCAUUUAUAUACCUGAAAGUUACCUCUGACUCACCUGCUGACGAGGCCUUUGAAACCAGAGAGACUCAUGUUAUGAUAGUUUAACUUUUUCAGGUGUGCUUGUGGAACUUCUUAACUGGGUGCCUGCUUGAUACCUGUGAGGUUGGACUGAAGGUAGAUACGUCUUAUAACCUCUUCCAUUAAAGAUGGGAAAGCUUAUGGGUUAGCAUGGUAAAUGUGCCUUGUGUUUUUUCCACCCAACCUCUUGUGUUAGCAAGAUUAUACAGCCGCGAGUAUAUAUGCAUUCAAAUAUUAAUUUAGAAUGUAACCUGUGAGUAUCAAACAUGGGGGAGCUUCUUUAUAUUGUCUGUCAACCAUUAAUGGAUGCCCAUGCCCACUGCAUAGCCGAUACAAAGCUGGCCAUUCUUACUGAAGAUCCUCAAAUGCUCUUGCUCUCAGACUGCUCCUUGAUGACUCUCGGCUCUUCUGGUUAGCGUGAAAAAAAAAAGAUGAAGCAAAUUCGGGUUUUGUGGUAUAAAAAACUUAGGAAGAUUUUUAACUUAUGAACUAAUGUCAAGCUUGAGCUGCAGGGACCAGAUCAGCUUAAUCAUCUGAUUUGAGGAAACGUUGCUGAUCUGAGGUAAAAACUAAAAAGGCAUAUUUAACUUUUAAUUAUAAAGUUAAGAGGUCAUGAAUAAGAGAAAUGAAAAAAAUAAAUUCCCUACCAUAGAUAGUUCAGAAUCUAUGUUGAUGCCUUGUCUUCAAGUGGGUGUGCAGCCCAGAUUUGCUGCCAGGAUGUGUGAGUUGGUAGCCGGUGAAAGUGUUUCUCUGGUUCAAUCUUGGUGCCAACUAUGUUGCCUAGUUGAGCCUUUGUAAUCUGUGGAUUGAGCCCGACUUUUUCAGUGCAUCACAGAAGAAACUAUUCCCAGAUUAUCAAAUCUCAAGCUGUUCAGCUUGGUGCAGUCUGAUUUUUUGGGGAUUUCUCCCGUUGCUUUGCGUAUUCUGAGGUUUUAUUUUGUAAAGUGUAGCCUUAAACACUUGAACUGCUUGCUCGUUAAGGCUUUGAUUGAAUGAUUUGAAAAGCCUUUCUUUUUUUAUUUUCCUAUGGUGAGCAAUGCAUGAUUGUCACUGGGUAGUGUUAUACUCGGAGAAGAAAUAAAAAAAAAGAUGAAAACUAAGGAAGAGAACAAUCCUUUUUUAAUGUGUUUUUUGUGAUUCAUUUGACUGCGAGAAAAGUCAACCCUCAAUCAAUAUCAGCACAAUGUCCAAAUUCUUCAGUAAUAACACUGCAAAAGAUUCUCUUAUAUUGUUUCAUGUAACAGUUUUGGUCAACCCUUUCAACAAGGCUCCCAACAGAGAAGAGAUUGCCAUCUUCAAUGCUCUUUUUCUAGUUUCAAUUACUAUCAGAAGUUUGCAGCCAUUAUCUCAUCUAGCUAGUAAAGAUGGUUGGUCUGGAAUUUGGUAUAAGAUAUUAUUAGUAACUUGUGUUAAAACAGUGUCUGGAAGUGAUAGUAGCAUCUAGGGAAAAUCUAGAGUCAGUGUUUCCCAGAUCAUGGGUGAGCUUCUUCAGGUCAAACCUUGAGUAAAUGAAGAAAGAAAAUCGUCUCAGAAGCAGGAAAUUUCUUUCACAAAUGUUUAUAAGUUUACUUUUUUCUUUUUCUCGUCGGAGUUGUAUCUUCAAUGGUCUUGCAUAUGCUUUUAAAAGGCAGGAGUUCUGGGGCCCGAUCGAGAAGAGCAGAAUCAGAACACUGCAGCAGUCACCGAUCUAUGCGCCGCUCCCGACGGUUCCUUAAUUGCUGCGAUUGUUCAGGGGUAAAUCUCUAAUACUUGUUCCGAUUUCAAUGUCAUCAUCUUUAUCUGGCAGUCAACUAAAUUAGUCAAAACAAUUUUCUGGCAUAGAUUACACGGAGUGGUCCUCAUGAGGUGCAACUUCCCUGGUAAAAGUCUCAAUCUUGCUAGGGUAAGAAUUCCGAAUCUAUUAUAGCAAAUUCUUGGCCUCUUCUAGCAUGGAUUCCGAGAAAGUUUGCAGAAAUGUAGGGUUAAUUUGAUUGGAAAUUAUACUGAUGAUAGGAAAGUCUGGGCUAUAUGCGGUGGAAUCUGUGUUUCUUGGUCUCUUCUGGCAUGGGAUUCCGAGAACGUUCGCAGAAACGUUAGGGUUCAUCUGAUUGGAAAGUGUACUAACCAUAGGGAACUCUGGGAUGAUAUGUAAUGGAAUCUCUGUUCCUCUUCGAGAGCCGUAGACUCGUGUUUUUCGUCCUAUUUUUCCGGACGAUUCGAUCGAGAGAAUCGAUUCUCGCUCUGGUCUUGAGAUUGGAAGUAGCCUUCUCAGUAUCCUUACUUCCUUGGCAGGUCGUCGUCGUCGGUAAUGCCUUCGUUCCGACGAGCUUGGGGACGAGCUCUGCGGGAGAGAGAUUGUGGAUGGCCAUGGGAGCCUCGGAUCGUUCUUCUCGGAGUCCUGCGGCGGCCCUGACUCGGCUGAGAGUCGUCGAAGUGCUCGGCGCCGCCGCCGCCGGGGCUAGGGUCUUGGAAGACGGCGAGGUUCCCGGGGGCCGGAGGCUGCUCGGAGGGCUGCAGGGGCGGCCGGAGGUGGCCGGAGAAGAGGAGGAGUUGCUGGCGGCGGCGGCGGAGGUGGCGGCGGCGGCGGUGAGAGAUCUGCUGGUGAAGAGACAGUACUCGGUGGAGAACCGAGAGCUGAGGAAGAGGAGCCGCAACGACAGGAAACAGAAACAGGAGCAGCAGCAUCAACGAGGGAGGGACCUACACUGUUGA